AAGGUGUUGAUCCGUGUGACGACCGAAUUAUCCUAGUGGACAACCGCGGUGUACCGUUCGCAGAUGACGACGGAACAAGAGACGUAGACUUUUGGAAGGCACCGUCUCGAAGAAUCUGUGCGGUACUCCAGUCGGACUAUGACUCACUGAAGUGCUACCUCGAUUCUAUACGAGAGACGGCACCGAUCACACGAAAACGAGCUUCAUCGGCCACCGCCUCGUCGACAGCGAUCGGUUACGGCCAGCUGCAGUCGUUGAGCUCGAGCACACGUGCCUCAUCUCCGGAUAUGGAUAUCCUUUUCAAGAUCGAUGGUGAAGUAGAAGACGCGCUAACUCAUCUCGGCCGCCAGGAGUCCAGCUUCGAACGAGUACACGAGCGACUCGAGAACAUCGAAGACAAGAUGGAGCAAGUGACUCGCCAUCGGUUGCCAUCGAAACGACGCACUAAAUCGAAAGCAGCGACAAUAGCAGCGAGAAUGAUGCGUUGCAAGAUUUGCCACCUGCUCAGCAGAAGUCCGAUAGCAGUGUGUAUUUGCUGCCGACAAUGGCUCGGCUGCGAACGUUGCACUUCUCAAUGCGGGCGUUGCCCAUUCUGCAACGCUACGUGGUCAGACGACAAACGUCCGCUGUCUCUUCGCGGUUUCGACGACAUGAGAGAGCUCAAAAAAGAAAUGCGAAAUGAACUUGGGAGCGACGUAGCUCACGACGACAGCUCGUCGGACACGGAACUACCGAUCAUGUUACCAUCUGCCACAACCCAAGGUGCCGAUGCCUCCUCGUCACACGGCUUGACUGCAGAUGUGAACGUACGCGCCGACAAUGAGAGCCCAGAGAUUAUCGAGUGACACAUUGACAUAGUCUACUUAAUUAAUAACUAGCUCUAGCUGUAAGCCGCGCUGUUCUACGUUAGCUAGUUGAGUUAGUUCAAUUAAUUGAGUUGAGCAAAUAGAGUUCAGUUGAGUUGA